AUGAUCGACCUCAGGGUAGCCGUUAUUUUUGGAAAUAACUCUGCUAAAUCGACUCUAAUCAGCUUAUCCUUUAUGUCACUGGAAAUCCAAACAGCCCGCUCCAUUUUAAGCCUACUCACGGCUCAAUACGCUACCGGCGCGGCCUAUAGUGGAGGAAAAGGAUGUAUCGGCGGCCAUCGGCGCAAUGGCAACGCGCCAACCGCUGAGAGUAUUACGGCACAUGCCCACCAACUCAACGAGGACGCUAGAGCCCUACAAGAGGCUAUUCAGAACCGGCAGAAGAACAACAACGUGCCCGGAAGCAAGCUGUUGCCCUUUUGCAAGUCCGUUGAGGCUCUCGUCAAAAGAUUUCUAGCGCAGACAGGGGUCCAAGCGUGGGAGACCCACCUGAACGAGAUCAGCCACGCCCAGCAACAACAAGCCAAGCAAAUCGAGGAACUCACCAAAGCAGUCACUAUAGCGGCUAUAACAGCCCAGAAUAACACCACUGCCUCCGGCUCUUCGGGGCUGAAAGCAGUUCGCAGCUGGGCGAAAGUGGCCUCAGGGGAAGCCGAGCCUCCCCCGGCCACCCGGACCAUCCGUUCAUGGGUCUCAGCUUCAGGCAGCUCCUAUCAAGAUGUCAUUAGUGAUUUGUCCAUUCGCGAUCGAUAUAGGCACAGAUGUGACAUGUAUCCUACCGUAUCAGGAGGCGCCCGACUGCACCCCGUAAAGCUGGUCAGCCAAGUCGAAGCAGGAACGAAUAUGAUUAUAAGGUUUGAUCCUGAUCUUUUACCAUACGACAAUACUUCACUCCAGAAUUUCCAAAGGACCAUUCGGUGUGGUUUAGAACAGAACCCGUCCCAGAACCGUAUUGGGGUCACUACCACCAUUGUCUCUUGA